AUGAAACUGGAUACACUUACAUUGGACGAAGAUGAGAUCCUUAUAUCUUUGGACGUGGUAUCGUUAUUUACAAACAUACCUAUACACCUAGCUAUAAGCAAUAUUAUGGCAAAAUGGAGUUCACUACAGAAUCACACCAAAAUACCAAGAACACAAUUUCUGAAGAUACUUCAAUUCUGCUUGAAUGACAAUAAUUAUUUUGUACAUGACGACAAAUUAUACCACCAGACAUAUGGUAUGCCAAUGGGAAACCCUUUAUCACCGACAGUUGCUGAUAUAAUAUUGGACUGCCUACUGGAUCAAACAUUAGCGGAGCUACAGGAGAGAAAUAUUAAAAUGAAACUCAUCACAAAAUAUGUCGAUGAUUUAUUUGCUAUAAUAAGAUAUGAGGAUGAGGACAUGAUACUAAGGACAUUUAACUCAUAUCACAACAAGUUGAAAUUUACGCUGGAGAGAGAAACGGACAACUCUAUACCAUACCUUGAUAUGAGAAUACAUAGGAAUAACCAGAGGAUAAUAACAGAUUGGUAUAUGAAACCAAUUGCAUCUGGACGAUUAUUGAAUUUCCACUCAACACAACCCAUGAGACAAAAGAUGAAUACAGCGAUGAAUCUAAUUAACAAAGUUAUGAAGAUGAGUGACCGACAAUUUGAAAUAGGAAAUAUGGCGAAAAUUAAGAUUAUACUGAAGAAAAAUGACUUUCCAAAUGAUCUAGUGGAUAAACUGAUAAUUAAGGUUAAAAAUGGGAGUAAUGAUAAUUCUUCACGGGAAAAUGACAAAGAGGACACAUCUGGCAACGCCAAAUAUUACAGUAUACCUUUUAUCCCAAGACUAACUGAGAACAACAAAUUGAGAGAGAUGAUAAAAGACCAACAAAUAAUAUUUGCACAUAAACCAAACAGAACAAUACACAGCUUAUUUACACAAACAAAGACGAAGAUUGAGUGCAGAGAACAAGGUGAUGUAGUGUAUCAAAUUGAAUGUGAUGGCGGAGACAGUGAGGUGUGUGGGAAAGUGUACAUUGGCACAACAAAGAGAAAUUUAGGCGUGAGAAUAGAUGAACAUAAGGCGGACAUAAAGAGAGAAAAACAAUCAACUGCACUAUCACAACACUGCAUUGAAAACGGACACAAACCAAACAUUGAAAGAGUGAAGAUUUUAGAUAAGGAAAAAAGGGAAAAUAAGAGAUAUACGUUGGAGAGCUUGAGAAUACAGCAAAAAUCAGAAAGUGCAAUAAAUACAAAAGAGGAUAAAGAUAAUACAAAUGCAAUCUACACCAUUGCAAUAUUUUAG